AACUCGGUCCCAUAUAUAUAUUCACUGAUUAGUAAUUACAAUACGAAUGCGUAGAUCAGGAAGUCAAACAAAUGGACAAGUCGAAGUUUGGCAAGAGAUAUGAAGGCAAAGUGGCCAUUGUCACAGCUUCGACUCAGGGCAUCGGCUUCUCCAUUGCCGAGCGUCUUGGCUUGGAAGGUGCCUCUAUCGUCGUCUCUUCUCGCAAACAGAACAAUGUAGAUGAGGCAGUUGAAAAACUCAAAGCUCAAGGAAUCGAAGUGUUGGGUGUCGUUUGUCAUGUGUCAAAUAAACAACAAAGGAAGAACCUCAUAGACAAGACUGUUCAGAAAUAUGGGAAAAUAGAUGUGGUUGUAUCGAACGCAGCUGCUAAUCCUUCAAUUGAUGACAUUUUGCAAACUCAAGAAUCUGUCCUGGAUAAGCUAUGGGAGAUAAAUGUCAAAUCAUCCAUACUUAUUUUACAGGAUGCAGCUCCUCACUUGCAGAAGGGUUCUUCAGUGGUUAUUAUUUCCUCUUUUACUGCCUACCAACCACCAGCUACCAUGGCUAUGUAUGGGGUGACUAAAACAGCCCUUCUUGGGCUUACAAAGGCCCUUGCAGCUGAAAUGGCACCAAAUACACGCGUAAACUGUGUUGCUCCUGGUUUUGUACCAACAAGCUUUGCCGCAUUCCUUACAACAAAUGAUGCUAUUAGGAAGGAGAUUGAGCAGAGGACUUUACUUAACAGGCUUGGUACCACACAAGACAUGGCUGCUGCCACUGCAUUUUUGGCAUCUGAUGAUGCUUCUUAUAUAACAGGUGAAAUUCUAGUGGUGGCGGGAGGGAUGCCUUCUAGACUCUAGAUCCCCUUCUAUAUGGCUAUGUGUUGUCUUCCACCGUUCUACUCAUAGAAACCCUUCAGUUUAAUACUUGUUUCCAAUGUAACAAUUAAAAAGCAAGAAUUUUUUUUUUUUUUUUCUUUUUCCUUUUUACUUUUGAUGAAUAAGAAACUUUAUUCAAACAAAGCAAAGAAUCAAAUACAAGCAGCAUUUACUGCA